UUCAUAGGUAAACGAGAUAUCUGGGAGAUAUCUAGAAGAUAUCUCAUGGACUAAGUUAUCUUAUCUCAAAGUAACUUUUUUCUAGAAAUGAAGAAAUUAGUCAUUGUUCGAUUCUAUCAUUUGGAAUCCGGAUACUAGUAAGUAGUUCGGAGUAGUUUGGACUGUUUGAAGCCAGCCUCCUUCCACUGAGGAAGAAAUAGAAAAAACAAAAGCCAGUAUUAGAGUUUACAGUCUUUUUUAUUUCAACAGUACAUUUUUCAUCGAAUAUUUGUGUAAAUGUGUAAAAAAGGAACUAAUAAAAUACGGAAUAGAGGAACGCAAUGUCCGAUUUCGUUCGAAUAAACGAGGAACAAGGUGACGUGGAAUAAUCGAGAUUGCAAACAAUCUUGUCCUACAUUGUACCGUCAACGUUAUAAGAUGGCUAAGUCAGAAAUUAAUUUAUUACAAGAGCUGUCGAUUAAACGAGGAUUUACGCCUAUUUAUAAUUUUUCCGAAAAAAAUAUUAAUUACCAGAAGCAAUUUAUAUGCAACGUGGCUUGUGCAAAAUUGAUAACACAUGGUACAGGGAAUUCAAAAAAAGAAGCCAAGCAUAAUGCUGCAAAAAACAUGCUGUCACUGUUGGCCACAAAUCAUAACGAAAUUCCGUUAUCAGUAGUUAUUCCACAAGUAGUUACUUCACCAAUAGUUACAAACAUAUCACAAAACCCUGAAAAAGUUUGCAAUACAUCUUCAAAUGUACCAUUUCGAAAAGAAGACAACUCAAAUAAACAAUUUACUGUUGGAUAUAAUUACAUUGGAAUGUUGCAAGAGUUCUGCCAACAACGACAAAUACCAACAAAAGACAUUCAGUACGACCUUAUCUAUGACGAAGGAUUACCUCACAAGAAAAUAUUUACUGUAAAAGUCAGCUUGGGAUCACUAUGUGAAAGAGGUACGGGACAGUGUAAGAAAUCUGCUAAACAAGAAGCUGCGAAAAAAAUGCUACUACAUCUGAAUCCAAACAUAAUAGCUAAUAAAAAUACGGACACACACAUUAAUAUAUAUGAUAGGGAGACACUUGAGAAUAAUAUACGAGAAUUAGGUACAACAAUAUCAGAAUGCGUUAACACUAACAAAAAUACUUUAUCAGUGGAAAAGUUAUCAGAAAAUGCAAAGUCGAUCUAUCUGAAAUCUAAAAGAACUAAUAUAAUCGAUCAAGAAAUCAAUCCCUUAACACUCAAGGACUUCCAUAUGUUAUUUGAGAAGAAUUACUCCAAUAACAUUACGUACCGUAUGAAACAAAAAAUGCAGAUUAUAUUGGACAAAUACCCCAGAGAAGAUCCACAUCUGAUGCAUGAGAUUAGACAAGAUAUAGAACAAGUAUUAAAAGUUAAGAUACAACAAGUCAUUGCAUAUAGCAAAUCACAGAAUUACUUGAUAUGCUUACGCUUGUUGUCUAAUCCUUGUAUUACGCAAUUCGGCAUAGGUGAAAAUAGAAUAGUAGAGCUAUUUUAA